AUGGCCCACACCAGCAUCAUCGUCUCCAACUUGGACAAGGCGCACUUUGUGGCGCUGCACACGUGCCGCGUGCCGCUCGCCAGCCAGAUCAAAAACACGCUCACCGACGCACGCCUCUACGGCCACGCGCAGGGCCACGCGGUGGUCUCGCACUGGUCCGAAUUGCCGUUCUUGAACCGCAUCAUCGCCAUCUUCCACUCCGAGGCCGACGCGUCGUGCGCGUGCGAGUACUUGCGCCAGGCGCAGCGGGUGCCCGCGGGCGCCACGGCGUUUGUGUUGCCCGAAACCGCCCGCAUUUCGCAGCAGGAAAACCUCUUGCAGCGGCUGAGCCUGGCGGGCGAGCUCACGCAGCAGCCCGUGCCGCCGUCUGCCGCGGCCGCCGGCUUGGCCGCCUACCACGAGCCGGAGCCCAAGCCCAUCGACAUGUAUGCGGAUCUUCUCCGCGCAGGCAUCGACAUCUCCAAGUUCAACACCGACGAGCAGGUCGACGAGGUGCGCGGCGCGCCCGGCCACCAGGACGCGCCGGGCGUUGCCCGCUCGCGCUCGCCCACCAAAACGUUGUUCAAGCCGCCGUUGCGGCUCAACACCCAGGCCGCGUGUGCCGAGGGCGCCUCGCCGGCGUCUCCCACCAUCACGCUAGACCAGAUCUGA